AUGGACUACCACAGUAUUAACAAAGAACUAAAGCAGAAACUCAACUUCUCAGGUUGUGAAGAUGAGGGUGAGAACAGAGAACAGCAGCAGGAAGGCACACAGGGCAGGGAGGCCCAGAGCGGCACCCCAGAGAAGUCCGAGGCUCCGGACUCAGAGGGCGAGUUUAUACCUCCCAGGACACCCCUCGGUGAAGUACGAGAACUCCUACUUCAGGAAAAAGAUGAAGGGAGUCCAGAGCCUGUUAUGAGGACUCCAGUGUCAGAACCUCUCACAUGCCCUGCCACGCCAGACCAGCCAGGUGACAGGCGAAAUCUGCUACACUCUGACAGCCCCUUCACUCCCAAAGGCCAGCUGAGACAGUCCGUGAUCGCCUCAACAGGGAAACUGCCCUCCCGAGGCUCUAAGCACUUCAGGCUCACACCUGUUUCCUUCACAGAUGAAGCGACCUCAUCGGGUCUGGUUAAUAUUAACCCCUUCACCCCAGAGUCCUAUAGGAAGCAAUUCCUUCAAUCCAGUGGCAAGAGGAAAAUCCGAGGAGAUGUCGAGGAAGCUGAUCCAGGGGAAGGCAAGGCAGAUCAAGAGCUGCCUGCGAAGAGAUGUGUCCUACGAGAGACUGACAUGACUUCCCGCUACGAAAAAGAGUUCAUGGAGGUAGAAAAGAUCGGGGUUGGGGAAUUCGGCACAGUCUACAAGUGCAUUAAGAGGCUGGAUGGAUGUGUUUAUGCAAUAAAACGCUCCAUGAAUUCUUUCGCACAAUUAUCAAAUGAGAAUUCGGCUCUGCAUGAAGUUUAUGCUCACGCGGUACUUGGUCAUCAUCCCCACGUGGUCCGUUACUACUCUGCGUGGGUAGAGGAUGACCACAUGGUCAUUCAGAACGAAUACUGCAAUGGUGGGAGCCUGCAGGCUGCCAUAGCUGAAAACACCAAGUCUGGCCAUCAUUUUGAAGAGUCGAAACUCAAAGACAUCCUUCUACAGACUUCCCUGGGGCUCAAGUACAUCCACAGCUCUGGCAUGGUGCACAUGGACAUCAAACCGAGUAACAUUUUCAUUUGUCAUCAGAUGCAAAGUGACUCUCUGACAGUCCAAGAAGAGACUGAAAAUGACACUGACUGGUUUCUCUCUGCUGAUGUGAUUUACAAAAUCGGAGACUUAGGUCUUGCAACAUCAAUAAGCAAACCCAGAGUGGAAGAGGGAGAUAUUCACUUCCUGGCUAAGGAGAUUUUGCAAGAGGAUUAUCAGCAUCUCCCCAAAGGAGACAUAUUUGCCUUGGGACUGACGAUGGCAAUGGCUGCGGGCGCAGAGCCCUUACCCAGCAAUGGCGCCUUGUGGCAUUACAUCCGCCAGGGUCACCUUCCACGCAUUCCUCAGGAGCUCUCAGGAGAAUUCUACAGUCUGCUCAAGAGCAUGAUCCACCCGGACCCGAGGGAGAGGCCCUCUGCAGCGGCUCUGGCUAGAAGCCCAGUUCUCCGCUCCUCGCUGGGAAAAGCAGAAGAGCUCCAGCUGCAGCUUAACUUGGAAAGGAUGAAGACAGCCACACUGGAAAGGAAACUGAGAGAAGUCCAGCAGGCCCUUUCCCCCCAGGAAGGCCAGAGUGACCCCAAGGUCUUGGAGACCCCCCCAGGAUCACGCACCAAACGCCUGGUGGGAGGAAAGAGCGCGAAGUCUUUGAGCUUCACCUAUGAGAAGCCUUUGUCCUAG